AUGGCUUGCUGUUCGAAGCAAUCAGUGUGUAGACGCCAAUCGCCUGUAGAGCAUCAUCGACUGAUCAAGCAUCGGAAAACAGAUCGCGUCACUCAAGGCAUCGGCGGCGCCAUCGUAAAUGGCGUCGUACCACCAAGCUGCUGUACGGUCGGAGCCUACACUACCCGCACCACCCUGCCGGAGAAGAAGAUCCCGAGUAUGACUCGCCACUUUCCGGAAUCUGACGUCGAGUAUUUCAGCCUGAACUCCUUCUACUUCGGCUGCACUCUCGCCAACGGCGCAGGUGCCGCUACGGCGUUAUUCAAUUGCACUGUCAAAGUCCAGGGGUAUCUUGACGGGGUCCGGGUGGUGGAGUCGAAGCCCUUCAAAUUCGUAUCGCCUGCCAUCAGUAGGGCGCCAAUGGUCCACGCCAUAUUGAAUGACAAAAAGUUCGAGAAAUUGCAUUAUGUUACACUCAGCUCGACGUACGACUUGGCCAGAAUUCCGAUGAAUCUGGCUGGUGCCACGCUGAUUGAUGAUGUCUCACAUACGAAUUACAGGCGUGUAUCGAAAACUCUCAAGCCGAGACAACCAGGAAUGGUGGCUGAGUGA